AUGGCCACAAUGGAUUUGAGAAUUGGAAUAAUCUCCCUUUUCCUGGUUAUCCUUGGAAUUCUGGGGAAUUUCUCACUCGCAAGUCACUAUUUGUUCCUCUACUUCCAUGGGCACAGGUUAAGGCCCAUAGAUUUGAUUCUCAAGCACCUGACUGUGGCUAACUUUUUGGGUAUUAUUUUGAGAGGAAUCCCAGAGACCAUGGCAGCUUUAGGGAUGGAGUAUUUUCUCAGUGAUUUUGGGUGCAAACUCAUUUUCUACAUCCACAGGGUGGGCAGGGGUGUAUCCUAUGGCUGUGUUUGCCUCUUGAGUAUUUUCCAGGCCAUUACAAUUAGUCCCAGGAACUCCAAGUGGGCAAAGCUUAAAGAAAAAACUCCUAGAUAUAUUAACAUCUCCACUAUCCUCUGCUGGACCCUGCACUUGCUGGUAAAUGCCGUUUUUCCUAUACGUAUUUCUGGCAAAUGGAAAAAUACAAAUGCCACAGAGAGGUUGGAUAAUGGAGUCUGUUCUUCUCCACCUUAUGACAAAGUCAUAAACUCAAUCUUUGCAGCAUUGUUUUCCAUUUCUGAUGUCCUAUGUUUGGGGCUCAUGCUCUGGGCCAGUGGUUCCAUGGUUUUCAUCCUGUACAGGCACAAGCAGCAGGUGCAGCACAUUCAAAGAUCUGACAUCUCUUCCAGGUCCUCUGCUGAGACCAGAGCCACCCACAGCAUCCUUGCCCUGGUAAGCACCUUUAUGUGUUUCUAUGCGAUCACUAGUGUCAUCCAAGUGUUGCUGGCUGUUUUUCAUAGUCCCAGUGUGUGGCUCUUCUCUCUUGCUACUUUAAUGGAUAUAUUUUUUCCAACUGUGUGUCCAUUUGUGAUCAUGACCCGUAAAUACAAUACUUCCAGAAUCUACUCUACCUGUUGUGGAAGCAAUAUAAAGUCACCAACUAUCAUCAGAGAAAAGACCCAUGUGUUGUCUGUUUUGUGCUGUAUCGAGUAA